AUGGAACUGUUCACAGUCACACAGCCAGCCACACAGCUACCCACACAGACAGUCACACAGCCAGCCACACAGCUACCCACACAGGCAGUCACACAACCAGCCACACAGCUACCCACACAGGAAGUCACACAGCCAGCCACCCAGCUACCCACACAGACAGUCACACAGCCAGCCACACAGCUACCCACACAGACAGUCACACAGCCAGCCACACAGCUACCCACACAGACAGUCACACAGCCAGCCACACAGCUACCCACACAGACAGUCACACAGCCAGCCACACAGCUACCCACACAGGCAGUCACACAGCCAGCCACACAGCUACCCACACAGGCAGUCACACAGCCAGCCACACAGCUACCCACACAGACAGUCACACAGCCAGCCACACAGCUACCCACACAGACAGUCACACAGCCAGCCACACAGCUACCCACACAGACAGUCACAGAGCCAGCCACACAGCUACCCACACAGACAGUCACACAGCCAGCCACACAGCUACCCACACAGGAAGUCACACAGCCAGCCACACAGCUACCCACACAGACAGUCACACAGCCAGCCACACAGCUACCCACACAGACAGUCACACAGCCAGCCACACAGCUACCCACACAGACAGUCACACAGCCAUUCACACAGCUACCCACACAGGCAGUCACACAGCCAGCCACACAGCUACCCACACAGACAGUCACACAGCCAGCCACACAGCUACCCACACAGACAGUCACAGAGCCAGCUACCCAACUACCCACACAGGAAUUCACACAGCCAGCCACACAGCUACCCACACAGACAGUCACACAGCCAGCCACCCAGCUACCCACACAGACAGUCACACAGCCAGCCACACAGCUACCCACACAGACAGUCACACAGCCAGCCACACAGCUACCCACACAGACAGUCACACAGCCAGCCACACAGCUACCCACACAGACAGUCACACAGCCAUGCAUAGUGUCUUUCUGCGUUAUAUUUUCUCUGGACCACCUUAUUAAACUGGAGAAGCCGCAGAAGCCAAAGGCUUUUUGUAAGGAUGUUUUCGUGAUUCUGGUGAUAAUUUGUCAAGAAUACAGCAAGAUCAACAGAAUUUGCACUUCCUCACCUGUCCUGCACUACUCCACACCUCCCGCAUCCUCCCCCCCGCACACCUGGCAGGCUCGACACACCUACACCUCCGGCACUUCACCUUCCCCUGCUCACCUGGCGCGCUAA